UCUACAUCGCCCCCAAAUCUUAUCUCCAUGAGGAUCUUUUCGUCCCAUCCACAAGGUUACUCUACAAAACCGCCUAAGCCUUCUUGUGUAUCUUUCACUUCCCAAGAUGUCCGAACUCAGCAAUAUUCCACCAGUCACCCAUCCACUUUCCCUGGUCCUGCACACAGCGGUCGACUUCGGUCACAACGAGGGCAUCGGUAUCGGUAUCAUCCAAAGCGCGGCGACAGGCGCAGCCCAGGCCAGCACUCUACCAAUGGAGGAGCAUAAACACGGCAUCGAGCGUGGCCAGGUCAGAGCCAAGAACGUCAAAACGCGCGAAAGAGCUCAUAUGUUCGCGCUCAUACUUGCCAUGGGGCUAGCACGCAGUACACUCAAACGACAAUGUACUACCGCACGCAUCAAGGUGCAGAGUGUCACGGUGCUCUGUAGUUUGCCAGCGGUGGUUGAACUGAUCAAAUACCACCGAGCUCACGGUCCCAAGAGUCUUGAAUCCGUGGUGAGCACGGAGGACCGCUCGAUGAUGAAAAGAGUCCUGGCGAGUGUAAAACGACUUUCGCCAUACAAUGUCCAAGUCUCAGUCGUAGAUGAUGGGGCAGAAGGCAAUACUGUGGAUGCAGCAAGAGUAAAGAUGAUGGCUCGCCAGAGAAAGAAGAAGGCGUGUCGUCGCCGUCGUCACGCACGACGAAUCAUGUCAAAAAAUACCAGGACGGCAGGCGAUGAGGAAGAAGAUGGAGGAAGCGACGAGGAAGGGAAUGGAGUGGGCGAUGGGGAAGAAAGGAGAAACGAUAGUUCGCAUUUGGGACCUAUGACAGAAAGAGAAUUGUCAAGUGCGUUCACGAUGGAUGAGACAGAAUCAGGCAGCCCGAUCUCCAGACCUCUGAAACCUCCAAACCUCUAAGCCUUGCCAUAUAUACUCGUGCAUCGAACACGGGCCGAUUCGGACCUUGUACAAGACGCGGAGACCAUACAGAAUGCAUAGAGAUGCCCACGAAGCGAUUUUUGACAACAAGACAAUACGGACUGAGUUAGAGACGGAACGAGACAAGGAGAGAUAGCAUGAAGUCGUGUUAAUAGGAGAAUCAUUUGGCUCGAACAUUGAUGAACAGCUGCUGAUGCAAACGCGGUGUGGGAG